GCCAUGUGUGGCAACAGGCGCGUUGGCUCCUACACUACUUAAACAGAGGGCUAUAGACCAGCGAGGAUCAAUAAGAUCAGCCAGGAGGCAGAGCGUGGGGGAGGAAGAUGCCACACUAAUAACAAGUUGCUGGGACAGUUAGUUAACCUGCCAAAACACCCUUAAAAAUCAGCCACCCAACACCGAGAGAAAACCAGCAGCUCCCUCUUACCCCACGGGCUAGUGGUCUCUGUAUUAAAGCGUGCAGGGGGCGGAGGUUGGUAGCACUUUCUUGUUCUGUGCAGGGCACACGGGGACUCGGAGGCAGCGGCGAGAGGGGGGAGGGAGCUCACUGCUAUUGAAACAAUGCCAUCCUUCUUCUUACUUAGCGUCCCCUGCAUCCUCAUGGCUUGGAUGCUUCUGGCAAGCAGCAGCAGCAGCAGCCCCGACGAGGAGAAGCUGAUCAGGGUCCUGGUGCUGCUACCCAAGGACAACUCCUACCUGUUCUCCCUGGCCAGGGUCAAGCCAGCCAUCGAGUACGCCGUGCGGAGCCUGCAGGAGAACGGGACCUGCCUGCCGGGCUAUCGUUUCGAGGUCAUCUACGAGGACUCGGAGUGCGGCAACCGGGCGCUCUUCAGCCUGGUGGACCUGGUGGCCCUGAAGCAGCAGAAACCGGACCUGCUGCUGGGGCCCGUCUGCGAGUACGCGGCUGCCCCGGUGGCCCGGCUGGCCUCCCACUGGAACCUGCCCAUGAUCUCGGCUGGGGCGCUGGCCACCGGCUUCAGCACCAAGACGGGCGAGUACUCACACCUGACCCGGGUGUCGCCCGCCUACUCCAAGAUGGGCGAAAUGUUCCUGGCCCUGUUCCGGCACCACAAGUGGAGCCGGGCCACCCUGCUCUACAGCGACAACAACCAGGAGCGCAACUGCUACUUCACCAUGGAGGGGGUGCAUGUGGUCUUCCAGGAGGAGGCGUUCCCCAUGGCCGUGCACAGCUUCGACGAGAGCGGCCGCUACUUGGACCUGGACGAGAUCGUGCGCUCCAUCCAGGCCGGAGAGCGAGUUGUAAUAAUGUGUGCCAGCGGUGACACAAUAAGGAACAUCAUGCUAGCUGCUCAUCGACAAGGAAUGACCAAUGGGGACUACGCUUUCUUCAAUAUUGAACUCUUCAACAGCUCGUCAUAUGGAAAUGGCUCGUGGAAGAGAGGAGACAAACAUGACCUUGAAGCAAAGCAAGCCUACUCAUCCCUCCAAACAGUCACUCUACUGAGGACAGUGAAACCUGAGUUUGAGAGGUUUUCCAUGGAAGUGAAAAGUUCUGUUCAGAAACAAGGUCUGAACGAAGAUGAUUACAUUAACAUGUUUGUGGAAGGAUUCCAUGAUGCCAUUCUCCUCUAUGCUCUGGCUUUGCGUGAAGUCCUAAAAUAUGGUUUUAGCAAGAAGGAUGGGGAUAAAAUUGUUCAUCAGACACGGAACAGGACAUAUGAAGGCAUUGCAGGGCAGGUAUCCAUCGAUGCCAAUGGAGACCGAUAUGGGGAUUUCUCAGUGAUUGCAAUGACCAACCCAGAAGCAGGCACACAGGAGGUGAUUGGGGACUACUAUGGAAAGCAAGGGCGUUUUGAAAUUCGAUCAAAUGUGAAGUAUCCUUGGGGUCCUGGCAAGCUGAGAAUAGAUGAAAACAGAGUUUUAGAGCACACGAACAAUACGCCUUGUAAAUCAUCAGGUGGCCUAGGAGAGUCAGCAGUUACAGGGAUCGUAGUGGGCGCCUUACUUGGAGCAGGAUUACUAAUGGCUUUCUACUUUUUCAGACAUCUUCAAAUACGGAAUGAAAAUGAUCCCGUAGACCAUAUGAGGCCAAAUUUCUGUUGAAAUCAAUAGAAAUGUUUCCAGUGAAAGAUUUCAGGACUGGACCAUCUGAAGGGGUUAACAAGUAGUGCAAUGGGCUAUGGUAGUGUUCUCUCCUCUUGGGAAUCACAAGAAACCUAUGUACGUCUUUUUGGCCUUAAUUCAGUCUUAAAUUUAGCAUGUAUGUGAAAUGGAGACCAUCCCUUUAUAUUUUACCCAUCUGGGUUAAAGGGGAGGCUUUGGUGUUUUACAAGGAUAUUAUUGACUUUUUAUCAGAAAAAUAGUAUUGCUAUGACUUGGAGACUUUCUUGGAUUAGUGUUUAAUUAUGAAAUAACUGUGUAGGUUUUUUUUAAAAUCCAAAAUUGCUUAUUCCAGAAUGAACAUUUCAAAAUGCCUCUGACUGGUGUACACCACAUUUAGACCAUACAAAAAUGACUUUUAAAAGGUGCUGGACUAGAGUUCAUUCAAAAUUUCUCAUUAACCACUAAUGUUAAUAUUCUGCACCAAUCGCAAAAUACUCUGUAGAAUCUGACACUGUUAAAGUUUAUGUGUUAAACUACAGCACAUUAGACACCUUUGGUGGAUUCAUUAGGUGCUGAAACUUCAGAAAGUUAAAAAUCCUGACUCGGUGUAAACUGUUGCUUGGUGUUUCUGUUGUGUGAAUGUUCCUACCAGACUCUUGAGCAAGCAGAGGAAAUGUACCUAAUAAGGGAUUUUAAAAAAUCUUGUUUUUAAUUGUUAAUUUCUUAAUCUAAGAUGAUCUGCACAAGGAAUAACUGCACAAUUGUCUCACACCAAAGUAUGUAACCAUGCGUUUUACAAACAUUAGGCCAGAUCAUCAGCUGACAAUUAUUGGCACAGCUACAUUGACUUCAGUAGAGUUGCACUGAUAUUUACCAGCUGAAGAUCUGGUUCAUUUCUUUGACACCUUAUCCCCUAUGACCCACAUGCAUGGGUGUUUCUCCGUAUAGUAUAGGAGGCACCACUAAAAAUCCAAUGUAACAGUUACCACAUAGUUGUAUACGAGAUCAUUACAGUUUUUCUUUGUAUUUAGUACAUAUCUGGGGCGACUGGGGGGUAACGAUUGGCAAGUGUUGACUGUUUAAUGGCUUCUACUGUAGCAAAGAAUUCAAGGAGUGGAAAGGUCUGUUGGGAAUAGAGAAUUAAUACCUGUGCAGUUGAGUUCAGGGAGAAAAGAAAGAGCAACUCAGAGACUGAUUGUACGCCCAUUGAUGUGCUACUGACUUCAGUGAGAGCAGGAUCAAGCUCUUGCUUUCUGCACAGGAUGCGGUCUAUAUUAUUUUAUAGUUAAGCUCAGAGGGCCAGCCUAAGGACUAUUCACCAAUUAAAUCCCACUUAAGACCUCAAAAUAUGGCUUAAAUUGAAUUUAAGUGGCACAUAGGACUUGGGCUGACCCUCUGCCCAGGGGUGAAUCUCACCUCUAAAACUAAGUGCUUACCUAAAUAAGAGUGUUUAUUUUAUUGAGCAUGUCUAAAAAUAUAAAGCCCCAGGCAUUGGGGCAGAAUGCUGAGAGGAGGGUGAUGGGAUGGAUUUGCUUUGUUCCUUGUGCCUAGUAUGUAAUUAUCACGAAACCAAGAGGACUCAGGAUAGAGACUGUGGAAGUUAACUUUGUCCCCUUUUUUGGGAUGUUACUAUUCAUUAUCAAUGUAAAAAUACUGGACAACAUAGAAAUGUAGUAUCAGUCUGGUAGAAAAUGAAUGGAAAGCUACACGGUAUAUUGUACUGAUGUAAGUAGAACUAUAUGCAUAUAAUGUGAUUUUAUUUAUUGUUGUUUUUGUGUAAAGGAGAAUGUGUAUUCAUGACUGUGGAUAUAACCUCUGUUUUAUGUGUGUAAUGUAUUUCUUUUACAAGUUGCUCAUUUAAAAUAUCUACGUUCAUCAGUGCCCACUGAUUUUAAUUGUGUACAUUUUUUGUAAACACAUCAAGGCAGCAAGAAUGUCACAUAUCCAGAGUAUAACAAAAUGUUCCCAUUAAAGAAGUAGAAAUGUGAUACUGUACAUUUUCCUGCUGUGUUCUCAUCAUCUGUUGAUUUUAUUGUUGGUCUCUAAUGUUUGGAGCCAUCAGAGUAUAGUGUGUUAAUGAUAAAAAGAUUCUUCUGAUUUUACUUUUUACACAUCUAAUGAAAUCCUGAUUUUAAUAAUGACUAGGGCUUAUCAAAGGUGAAGUAUUAAAUAAAUCCAGUAAUUGAUUACA